AUGAGUGAAUUGCGACCCAGGCACAAAAAGAUUAUAUUACGUGACGAGAAUGAGCAUGACGAUAUUAUAGACCGUUCUCCAGCACGUGGCAACUUUACGUUAUUGGAUGUUAUCCGCAUACUUGGUGGGAUAUUAUUGCUCAACUUCCUACUCUCUUACUAUAUCACGAAAACGCCUCUAUGGGGAACCAAAACUAAACUUACCAACCCUAGAUAUUUGGAAUUCACCUUCAAGGCUCAUGUUUGGCCAGGGAGUGGAUAUCUUAAUCUCACCGAAGACGAGCUCAGCCGAUACAAUGGAGAAGAUAGGGCUCUCCCUAUAUAUGUGGCAAUUAAUGGUAGUGUGUAUGAUGUCACGUCAAAUCCUGAUUCUUAUGGUCCACUAGGGGCCUAUUCCUUCUUUAGUGGCAGAGAUGCUGCCAGAGCCUACUCCACAGGUUGCUUUCACCAGGACUUGACACAUGAUCUGCGCGGAUUGGACCCUAUCAAAGUCGAAAAGGACAUUAGUGGAUGGAAACGAUUUUAUGAAAGCAGUGAUAGAUAUUGGUUUGUCGGGUAUGUUCAUCAUCCUCCUUUGACAGGUCCUAUACCAGAUCCUUGCAAUGCUGCUCAAAAGCCAAGUUAA